AUGUCUCAUGAAGUUGAUGCUUGGAAUAGUUCCCUUAAUGUUCCUUUGCAAGAAGAAGACAGAGAAAUCUAUGAUUUAAUUCAAAAGGAGAAAUAUAGACAAUAUUCUGGCUUAGAACUGAUCGCUUCGGAGAAUUUUACUUCCAUGGCAGUUAUGGAAGCCAAUGGGUCUCCAUUAACAAACAAAUACUCCGAAGGUCUUCCUGGAGCUCGUUAUUAUGGUGGCAAUGAGUUCAUUGAUCAAAUCGAGAAUCUUUGUCGUAAACGAGCUCUACAGGCUUUUCAUUUGAAUUCCGAGGAAUGGGGUGUUAAUGUUCAACCUUAUUCCGGAAGUACCGCUAAUUUUGCGGCUUUGACGGCUUUGAUCCAGCCUCAUGAUCGUUUAAUGGGAUUAGACUUGCCUUCAGGAGGACAUUUAACACAUGGUUGGCAAACCUCUAAAAAGAAGAUAUCUUCUUCUUCUAUAUAUUUUGAAUCUAUGCCAUAUCAAGUCAGCUCGGAAAACGGAUAUAUUGAUUAUGUUCGCCUCGAGGAAAAUGCUAAUCUCUUUCGCCCAAAAUUGAUUAUAUGCGGAGCCAGUGCGUACGCACGUGACUGGGAUUACGCUAAAUUGAGAAAGAUCGCCGAUCAACACGGCGCGUAUCUAAUGGCUGAUAUUGCUCAUACCAGUGGUUUAGUUGCUGGAAAAGAGGUCAAUAAUCCCUUCGAAUUAUGUGAUGUAGUUACAACAACUACUCAUAAGACUCUGAGAGGACCACGUGCGGGAAUGAUUUUUUUCCGUAAAAAGAAUGAUUUGGAAACUCGCGUCAAUAAUGCCGUGUUCCCUUCAUGUCAAGGAGGACCUCACAAUAAUACUAUCUCUGCUAUCGCAGUUGCAUUGAAACAAGCUGCUUCCCCAGAAUUCCAACAAUAUGCUAAACAGGUUUGUGCUAAUGCCAAAGCUUUAGGUGAAGCACUUAUCAGUCAUGGUUAUAAAUUAGUUACUGGUGGUACGGACACUCAUCUGGUUCUCUUGGACUUGAGACCCGUUAAGCUUACCGGUAGUAAGGUAGAAAAGAUUUGUGAUAUGGUUAACAUCACUAUAAAUAAAAAUUCUAUUCCUGGUGAUGUCAACAUGUUGGCACCAGGUGGUGUACGUCUUGGAACUUCCGCAUUGACAUCAAGGAGUUUUAAGGAACAAGAUUUCGUCAAAGUUGCAGAAUAUUUACAUCGUAGUAAAAUGAUGAAAGACUUUGUGCUGGCAUGUCAAGAUAAUGAAGACAUAUCCAAUCUGAAGAAUGAAGUGGAAACAUUUUCUACAAGUUUUCCAAUGCCAGGAUUUGAUCCAACCAACUUGUCAAGCAACUUGACUCCGUCUGAAUAA